AUGGAAGGUAAUAGCACGCUUCAUGAGCGUUCCGACAGCAAUGCGAACAUUCCGUCAGGUUGGACGCCUGCGAACGGUAUCGCGGAAAGUGGAGCCGCAACGUCCCCGCCAGAUACAGGUUCAAGCGAGCCACCAGCAAAGAGGAGGAGAGAAGAAAGGGAAAGGACAAGAGAAGAAAACGAGAUGUUCUGGCCGAUGCCCAUGCGCGCUUUGCUUAAGAUCAGGGCUACCAUGCGAGUUCACUGCAUCGUACACAAGAGGCCGUCUGCCAUCGGUCAUUGUGGAUGA